GAGCAAAGGAGGGAGGAGGAGGUGGAGGGGGAGCCUCAAGGCCAAAGUGAGCUUUAUGUACCGCAGCUGGUCACUUUCUGAGAGCCAUUUAGAGCCAGAGGCGACCAGGAGCGCGCAGGAGCCGCACCAAACUGAGGCGGAUCAUCAGUCCCAAUCACAGAAGCCAGCAGCAGGGAGAUUGUUGCUCCGCACAGGAAAGAAGAAAAAAACACACAGACAGACAGACACGGAAGAGAAGUGAGAGAAAGAGAGAGGCUGCGUGCGGGACGGUCGGCAAAAACGCACUGUGGAAGUUUAAAGUGUGCGGGAUCAGGAGGAAACAGGCUCGAGUGGCCGCGCAAGGUCAGAGAAGAUGCCGCGGGUAGUCCCGGACCAGAGGAGCAAGUUUGAGAAUGAGGAGUUUUUCCGCAAGUUGAGCAGAGAGUGUGAGAUUAAAUACACAGGCUUCAGGGACCGGCCCCAUGAGGAGAGGCAAGCCCGCUUCCAGAACGCCUGCAGAGACGGACGCUCAGAAGUUGCCUUCGUAGCAACAGGAACCAACCUCUCCCUGCAGUUUUUCCCAGCCAACCUCCAUGGAGAUCAGAGGCAGGUUCCAUCAAGGGAAUACGUUGACUUCGAAAGAGAGACAGGAAAGGUCUAUUUAAAGGCCCCUAUGAUCUUGAAUGGCGUUUGUGUGAUCUGGAGAGGAUGGAUUGACCUACAGAGACUGGAUGGGAUGGGGUAUCUGGAGUAUGAUGAUGAGCGAGCACAGCAUGAGGACGCUUUGGCUCAGGCAGCGUUUGAGGAAGCCCGGCGCAGAACCAGAGACUUUGAGGACAGAGACCGAUCACACCGAGAGGAUUUAGAGGACCCUGUGGUUUCUAAAAUCUGGGACUGAUGACACACAGAAAGACAGACAGCCAGCAGAAAAGAACAGGUCCAGACGACAGCAGGACCCCAGCCCUGGCUCAAACAUGGCCAACGCUGACGUGGAACACAAGAUGCGCUGAGGUUGGAAGAAGCCAGAGAAAAGAGAAACUGAGGCAGUUUGUUUGUUCAAUUUCAACACAAUCAGCUUGAAAGAAAAACUCUGCAUAAAACCGCAGUCAAAGCCGGUUGUUUUGCAUUCUUUUCCAAAAUGGUUUGUGAUUUACAUGUUUUUCAACAUUCUGAAUGUGGACAAAAGAAAAUCCUUGAAAUGAAAUUUAAAAUUAAUAUAAACCUAUUAAAGAUAAAGGACACAAAA